AUGAUGUUUUUUAAUUUAAAUAAAGAUUCCAAUAAAAACGAUGAUUUUUCCUUGGAAAGUACAUCAAACAAAUGUAGCGCAAAAGAAAUGAAUAUAAUUUCUGAUGUUAUGAAUCGUGAUACAAAAGGUAUUCUAAGUGAUCACUUAGUAACAAGGGGUGAUAAAAUAGUAGAAGAAAAUUAUAUGAAUAUAAAUUACGGUUUCUCUGAUUCUCCAUCUAAUGGUAUUGAUGAAAAAGUAAAAAAUAUGGAAAUGAAUUAUGUAUUAAAAUCUUCAAUUAAUAAAGUAGGUUCAAACAGUAUUGACCCUUCUAAGGAUGAAAAAGAAGUUUUUUAUGAGAAUACUGAAGCUAUUUCAGUUUUAAAAAAUAAUAAUAAUUUAACAAAAUCUCAUGAAGAAACAAAUGUACAUAAUUUUGCUAUGAAAAAUGAUUCAAAUAAAGUACAACAUGAUAAAACAGAAAAUAUAGGGGAAUUUAAUAGAAGUAUGUUUCCUAUACGUAAUGAUGAGUAUAUGAAUCAAAAUGAAUACCAUAUGAGUAUUUGUAAAGAUGAUAAUAUAAAUUAUGAAGAGAAGAAGGAUAAUUAUGCAAAUAAUAAUAUAUCAUGUAAUAUAAAUUUCAAUUUAGAUGAUAUCAACAAUAAUUCUAACAAAACAAUGAAUAAAAAUGAAGCAUAUGAUGAUGAUGUAAUAGAUAAAGAAAAGGAGAAUUGUGAGAAAUUUUCCUUUUUGAAAAAAUUUCAAAAGGAUACCCUUGAAGCAGAAGACAAAUAUCAAAUGAAUAAAAAUGAAUAUGAUGAAUGCAUUUCAAAAUACAAUAAUAAUAUUUAUAAAAAGAUUGAGGAAGAUGAUGAUAAUGUAAGUACUAAGAAAUGUGACCAAAAUUCGAACGAAUCUAUGAACGAAAACAAACAACCAAUAUUUCGUAACAAAUUAUUGGAUGAACUAAAUUAUAGUAACAAAAAAAGUCAUUCAUCCAUUUUUGAAGAUAAGGAUAAAAUGAUGGAUAUUUCAUUAAUAGCUGAUAGAGCAAAGAAAAACAUAUUUCCAGAAAUGAUUUCUCAUUCAAAUAAUAUUCAUAGUAAUUUUGAAAUGGCUUCAACAAAACAUGAGAUGAAUAGUGACUAUAUCAAAAAGGAUGAGGAUGAUAAAUAUACAUUUCAUACACUUAAAGAAGGAAUUGAAGAUAAUAAAUAUAAUAUGGAUGAUACAUAUAAAGAAUUAAAAUUGGAACAUGAUAAUAAUGUUUUGGAUGAAUAUAAUAGUAGAAACAGUUCUGAUGAAAUCGAUAAAAUAUUUAGUAAAUAUAAAAUAGAAGUAUCUAAUUUAUCAAAAUAUUUUGAUUUCCAUAAGACAGAAAAAAAAGAAAACUCUGAAACAAAUUUGGACAAUGAAAAGGAAAACAACAACAAUAACAAUAAUAAUAAUAAUAAUAUUAAUGAAAAUGACAAUGAUUUCAAUAUAAAUAAACAAUAUAAUAGUAAUAAUGUAAAAGAUAUGUUAGAUUAUUAUAUUAGAGGAAGUGAUAAUGCAAUCAAUAAGGUGUUGACAUAUGUGUAUCCAAGUAAUUUCACUAGUAAUUAUAAUGAUUAUAUACUCAAAGAAGAAGAAAAAAUGAAGGAAAACGAAGACGAAGAAGAAGAAAAAAAAAAAGAAGAAAAGAAACCAAAUGAAGAAGAAAUUAAUCAAAAUUAUCAUGACGACUAUGAUAAACAGAGUCAAAUGUCCUUCAAUAAUUUGAACGAAUCAUCCAAUUUAGUUAUAAAUGAAACUAAUUAUAUAACAGAAGAUGUUUUAAAAGAUAUUCUAAAUAUGAAAGAAGAAAAGAUAAGUUUUGAAUACUUUCGAAAUUGUUUCAGUGAUUUAAAUUAUGAUAUCAAGGUAUCAGAUAUACAUUUAUUAUAUAAUUGUAUUAGGGAUCAUCAACAACAAAAUAAUAUAAACUUAAAAAAGGAAGAUAUUGAAGAAAAAAAAAAUGUAAACAAUUCUAGUAAUGUAAACAAUGUGGAUGAUCAUUAUAUAACUGUUCAAGAUAUAAGAUCUUAUAUAAUUGACAGAAAUUCUAAAAAUAAUAAUUACUACAAUGAAAUUAUUAAGAUGGUAGUACAUUUUAAUAACAUAUUACUAUUAAUGUUAAACAAUAACGAAACUGAAAUGAAAGAUAAAAUUUUAUUUGAAUUACUUUCAUUAAAAUUUGCUUCCAUAUUUAAUGACAUAUUACAAUUAAAUAACAAUUUUGAUAACCUCAUUAAGCAUUUAAAUGAAAUUAUAAAACUAAUUUUAUGUGAAGAUUCGAAAAAGAAAAACCUGAGAAAUAUAAUAUCCACCUAUUUGACCAGCCAAAAAAUAUUAAUUCAUAAAAAUGAUAUGUUAUCUCAAUUAAAUAAAACGACGCAUAAGAAAAUGAAAAAAAAAAUUAACAAUGAAAAGGGAAUAAACAAAGAGAAGAAAAAGAAACUUAAUAUAAUAAAUGAAAAAGAAAACGAAAAGGAUGUUGUUAAUCAAUUUGUGAACGAAAGUACAAAUGAAGAAGAAAAAGAUUCAGAUGAUACUACGUUAUAUGAAAAAACAAAAUUAAAUAAUAAAUCAUUGAGAAAGAAAGAAGGCAACACAAAAUUAGUUUACAGUUGUGAUGAAAUGAAAAGAAAAUGUAGGAAGAACAGUAAGGCUAAAAAGAAUAAAAAGAAAAGAUCCACAAGUCAUAUUAAUCUAUAUAAUACUACAGAAAUAAAUGAUGCACAAAACGAUACUCAAAAUAAUACACGCAAUUUAACAAAAGAUAUAAUUAUGAAUGAGAUAAAAAAUACAAAAGAAAUAUGUAAAAAUGAAAAUUUGAAAAAAGAACAAAAUACAUGUUCUAAAAAGAAAAAGAAGAGAACAAGCACACCCUUUUCAAAAGAAUUUAUUAUGACGAGUGAUGUAGAUAGUAAUGAGAAAUCGAAUGAUGAAAAAAACAGUUUGAUUCAAGAUAAUAAUACAGAACAAGUUCCUUUAAGUAAUUCAAUAGAUAAUACUAAUGAAAUAAAAGAAAAUGUUACACAGACAACAUCCAAAAAUUUUGAAGAAAAAAUAGAGCAUGUAGAGGAAAAUAAUGAAGAAAGCCAAAAAAGUAAUGAAAUAAAAAAAAUUAGUGAAAAUAUUUAUAUUGAAAAUAAAAAGAAAAUAGAAAUAAUAAACUGUACUAUAAAUAAUAAAAAUAAAGAAGAUCAUAAAAGAGUAAUAGAAAUAAAAAAACAAGCAGUUCCUCUUAAGAGAAAUGGUAAAUCGAUUAGUAGUAUGGAUAUUAAAAAGGUUGCACAAAUCAAAAAUAAUAAUAAACACUUUAUGAAAAGUAUACCAAAUUAUAUAUUUAAAAAAGAUAUAGAGGAAGAUAUUGAAAGGAAAAACAUAAAUUUAGAAAAUAGAACAUACAAUAGUAAUAAUAUAAAACAUCAAAUUCAUAAUAUGAAUUCACCAUAUAUUAAUGAUUAUAUGAAAAGAUUUAGUUCAAUAAAUAAUGGAGUACUUAGACAAGACUUAUAUCCUAUAUCACAAAAGAAUAACAAUAAUAUUAAUAUGAUACAAAAUGAAAGAUUCAAUUAUGUAUUACCUAGUUUAAAUAAAAAUUUUAGUAAUAAUAAUAUAAAUUAUAUGAAUAACGUAGAUAAAUGUAUCAGUGCAAGUUAUGAACAAAUUCCAUUAAAUAAUAUGAUCAUUAAUAAUGAAUUCCAUAAAAUGAGCAAUAAUAAUGUUAAUAUUAAUAAAAAUAAUGAAACUAGAAGAAGCAUGCUACCUUUUCAACAAAAUAUAUAUGAUAAUCAACAUUAUUAUUAUUAUAACAAUCCACAUAUUCAAUCAAAUAAUAAUAUCAAUAACAUGCACGAAAUCAAAGCUAAUAAUUAUUUAAGAAAUAAUGAACAAAUAUACAAAAAUUUAAUGAUGAAAAAUGCAAAUCCAAAAUAUUAUAAUACUACGUAUCAAUAUAAUAGUCUUUUACAAAAUGAAAACAAAUUACCAUAUAUCUCUUCGAAUUCUAAAAGAAUUACAGAUCAAAUACAUAUACAUAAAAAUAUUUGCGAUAAUUUAACUUCAGGAAAUCACUACAAUAAUAAAAAGGAAGUACCUAUACCAUUUGAUACCAAAGCUUUAAUUUUUAAUCAAAAUAAAAAGGAAUUGUUUGAAAGCUCCACUAAUGAAAAUAUAGUAGAAACGUCUCAAAAAGUGACAAGUACUUCGUCAAAAGAAAAUAUGGAGCUACCAAGUGGACAAAAUGUAAAUAGGGAAAACACAAUAUUAGAACAUGGAAAUGAAAUCAAUGUAAAUAGAGAAGAUACAAUAACAGACAAGAGGAAUGAAGUGAAUGUAAAUAGAGAAGAUACAAUAAUAGAAAAUGGAAAUGACAAAAGUGUUAACACAAAUAAGAAUAUAAUAUAUAAAGAUGAUAGUAAGGUUAUAUAUAGAAAUAAUAUGAGAAAAGCUACCCCAUUUGAAGGAAAAAGAUAUAGUAUUAGUUAUAAUAGAAUGAUGACCCCUAAUAUUUAUACAGGAUUUAAGAGAAAUAUUAAUAACAUAAAUAAUAAAAAUAAUUUCUUAUUAAGUAAUAAUGUUUCUAAAUGUUCUAAUAGAUAUGUUAGUUCUAAAAGUGAUGUACAUUCAUUAAAAACAUCAAACAAAAAAUUAAUUAAUGAAAAUGUGAAACCAUUAAAAUUUGAAAAGGAUUCAUUAUUUACAUUAAAUUUUGAAAAAAAUGAUACACAAAAUAAUGAAAAUACAAAAAAUGAAAUCAAUAAAAAAUCAACAUAUACUAGAUUCACUGAAAUAUUUACUGACAAAUUAAAAAAUUUUACACUAGGAAAUCGUAAAUCUUUUAGAUCCUCUACUGUUCAUGAAACAGUUUCUUCAUGUAAAAAUAUACAUGAUGAUGAAAACGAAAAAAAUUAUAAAGGUGAUCAAACGUUUAAUACAAAGAGUGAUCAGAAAGAAGCAGGAAAAGAAGAGGGAAAUUAUAAAAAUGAUCAAGAUCUGGAUCAGUUAAAUGAAACAAAAAAACAGGGGAUAGAAAAACAAAUUGACGAACAAACAAAUGAAGAACAAAAAAACAAUAAAGAGGAUGAUAAUUUAAUAAAAAGUAGCAAUCUAAAAACAUUUAUUGAUCAUUUGAAUUUCUUUCAAAGCAAAUGUAAAGCUAACAAAAGUUCCAUAGCAAAUAUUCGUGAAAAAAAACAAAUCCAGGAAUAUAUUAAUCGAAAAAAUGGAAAUGAUGAAAAGUAUGAUAAUAAAAAAAUGGGAGAAAACAUUAUGAAAUUAAAUGAAUGUAAUAAUGAGAGUGUAAAAGUAAAUAAUGAAAAUGAAAAAGAAAAUAUUAAUAAUAAUAAUAAUAAUAAUAUGAAUAAUUAUUACCUUUCUACUUUAAAAAAGAAUGCAGAAAAAAUUAAUAAAACAAAUGGUAUAUUUAAUAAUGUAAGGAAUGAAUUAAGUAACCCUAUAAAUAGUAAAAGGGAAAAUGAUAUAAAGAAUGGUAACAAUUACAUUAAUGUUAGUAACAAUCAAAAUAAUGUUAAUGUCGUACAUAGUCAUAAUGAUCAAAUGAAACGAGCAAAUUAUAUGAUAAACAGUAACAAGACUGUAAGUUUUGAUAGUGAAUUUUCUAAAAAUUUAUGGAAUAGUAACAAUAAUACGUUAAACGCAUAUAAUAUGAAUGUUCAAAAUUUUAAUAUUAAUAAUAAGAAGAAUUCAAAUGUGCAAGUAUUAAAUAAUACAGGUCAAGCUUCAUUUAAUGAUCAAAAUAUAAAUUCUCAAUUUGGUACUUUGAAUAACAAAAUGGGCGAGUUUUUUUUCCCAUUUCAAAAAAGACAUAGUACCUUACAUAGUCGUUCUUCAAUAAAAAAUACUUUAGAUAAUGAUAAGAAGAAAAUAGCUAAUCUGAGAAUAAAAGAGAAUGAUAUAAUUAUGUGUGAUAUUAAUAGAAAUAAAAAUUCGUUUUCAAAUGAAAAUAAAAAUAUUUUUAUUAAUGAAAAAGUAAGUUCCAUGUCACAAGAUAAUAAGGAAUUCCAUCAAAAUGUUUGUAAUAGUAAAAGUAUUAGUAACAAUAACAAUACUAAUAAAUAUAUGAAUGAAUAUAAUAAUAUGAAAAGGAACACUUUUUUUACAAACCCUUUUACGGAAGGAGAACAAGUACAAAAUAAUAACAGAAAUGUUGAUAUAAAUAAUAAAGAAUAUUUAAAUAAAACCAAAUUAGCUAGCUGUGGAAAUUAUUCAUCCUUUAAAGAAAAAAUAACUUCGAUACAUAAAAAUAUUGUGCCCACAAAAAAUUUCUAUUUAUUUAAUUCACAAGACAAGAGUAAUCAUAACUGCAUUUUAAAAACAUGUUCUUUACAUAAAAAUAAUGUAACUGAAGAUGAAUAUGAAAAUAAGAUAAACAAUGAAAAAGGAGAAAAUUUGAUGAAGGAUACAAAAAAUUUAUAUCAUGAUAAUGAAAAUAAUCAUAUAUCAAGCACAUUUGUAAAUUCAUACAAACAACAGAGUUCUUCUAAUAACAUGAAAGUUAUGCAAUGUGAAGAUGAAAAUAAUUUAUCUAUAGAACAAAUUAUGAAAAUACCUGGAGUAAAAUUGGGAAGAAAUUAUAUUCAAGACAUGGAUAUAUGCUCUGAUUGGUUAAAGUUUAAUGAUUAUGAUAAAAAAGUAAUUGAAGAAUCUUUAAAAAAUAGUUUAGCUGAUAAAAAUUAUCAAAACUUUCUUGAUACUACACAAUUCACAAAUACCUUUUUUUCAAAUAUGUGA